AAGGAGUGCAGCCCGCUCGGCCGGUCCAACCGUACUCGAGUCCUGCCCCCGACCAGAUCAUCGCCGCCAACAUGAGAUCGGUCCUGAUGGUGUUCGCCGUGCUGGCGGUGGUCGCAGCGCGCCCUCAGCAGCAGCAGCAGCUCCAGCAGAGGCCCAUCGCCAUCCUCUCGCAGGACGCCGUGGUCAACUCGGACGGCUCGUUCCACUCCAGGUUCGAGACGGAGGACGGCGUCAGGCGCCAGGAGGUCGGCCAGCUCCGCCAGCUCGGCGGAAAGGACGUCGCCGAGGUGGUCCAGGGACAGGUGCAGUACUCGGACCGCGAGGGUAACCAGUACGACCUGAGGUUCACCGCCGACGAGAACGGCUACCACCCCGAGGGCGCCCACCUCCCCCAGCCGCCACCCAUCCCCGCCGAGAUUCAGCGCUCCAUCGAGUACAACCUCGCUCACCCCGAGGAGGACGAGUCUCAGAAGUACACCUCGUAGACUCGACACGCACAUACAAACACAUCGACUCUCCUUCACUCUCUACUCGUCACCAUGACAAAGCUUCCGCACCCCAGGUAGAAAAUGACGCGAACAAAAGUUAAUAACCAAUUACGAGAACGGGAGAGGGAGACCAAACGUAGCCUCGGGGACUGGCUAUGAAUGGUUUUACCGUUCUCACACACCACGCAGAGACUAUUACGUGAUUGUCAUCAUUCCAUAUCAUCAUAAAUCAAAAAACGUGUGAUUAGAAAUGCUGGAUUUGAUUGCCGGUGUUUUCCCUGCUGUACAAUAUUUGUACAUUUCUCAUAGACACCUUGUACUUAUUUGUUUAAAAUGUCCUCUUUGUGAUGCUAUUAAAAAUUAAGAUUUCAACAAA